UAAAAGGGACAGAGAGCACAGUGCUACAUUUCCUAAUCGUGAGGUUGGCGUGCAGCCGGUGGGGCUGGAGUGAGCUGGUCGUGAUGCAGCGGCUACUCAAGUGCAGUGGGCUCGUCCUUGCUCUCGCCCUCAUCCUGGUUUUGGAAUCUUCAGCUCAAGGUUAUCCUAUGCGGAGAGCCAGGUACCAGUGGGUCCGCUGCAAUCCCAACAGUAAUUCUGCAAACUGCAUUGAUGAAAAGGGACCAAUGUUCGACCUUGCUCCAGGUGAAUCCAACAGGAUCUUCCCUCCAAGGACUGACCCUUUUUCAUUCCAGAAUAUGGAUGAUAUCUUCCCCAUUUCUGAAGACUUCUCUGGGUCAGGCUCUGGCUCCGGCUCUGGCUCCGGCUCCGGCUCCGGCUCCGGCUCUGAAUUUGGAAGUGGCUUCCUAACUGAAAUGGAACCAGAUUACCAGCCAGUAGAUGAAAGUGAUGCUUUCUAUUACAACCCUAAGUCUCUUGCCAGGAAUCUGCCGUCAAACAACCAGGACUUGGGUCAAGAUGGAUCCGAAGAGAAUUUUAUUAUAUAAAAGAGAGGGUUUCCCCACCUUGAUGCCAGGCAAUGUAUUCAGUAUGUUUGGGUACCAUGGUUAAAUGAUUUAUCUUGGGAGAAAGAGUUUUAUAGAAAUUGUAAAACAUUUUAAAAAGAAGCUUAAAUUUUAUCAUCUUUUUUUCCCUUGUGAAUUAUUAAAGAAUUAUUCUUUAAUUCUGUUAUCUAUCCUAUUGUUCUGGAAAAUACCUGCAUUUCUGAGUAUUAUAUUCAACCAGUAUCACUGUGAAAUUAAUCAGAUUCCCACAUCUAUAAAAUUGCUUUCAAUAAUAAAUUAUACUGUUUUUUAAAA